CGUCACCAUCAUAUUAUUCUUUUUUUACACCAGCUUUUCCCACACAUUUAUCCUUCAUUAUAUUUGCCUAUACUACCAGAUCAGACUAUGGCCUACGAGUACGCGCUCACCCAAGAGCAGAUCGACAAUUACCACAAGGACGGGUUUCUCAAGAUCACCGAUCUUUUUUCCGCCAAAGAAGCAGAAGAAAUGGUCAAGAGCGUGCGUGAAAUCCAAAGCUGGCCAGACACUCCGGGAAAAUGGAUGAACUACUACGAGCGCAACCCGAAAACUGACCGAAUGCUACUCUGCCGCACAGAAAACUUUACCCCAUACUGCCCGCACAUCCGUCAUAUUGUCAGCGGUGCGCAAAUAGCGGGCAUUCUCGAGCAACUGACCGGCGAGCCCUACGUUUUGUUCAAGGAGAAGAUCAACGCAAAACUUGCCGGCGGCCAAGGCUUCAAGCCGCACCAGGAUGCCCCGGCAUUCACGCAUCUCGGCCAGGUCAACCACAUAACUGUGCUAUUCACCAUUGACGGCUCAUACAAGGAAAACGGGUGCUUGCAUGUGGUUCCUGAAAGCCAUGCUGCCCACACUAUUAUCCCGCAUCACCCCGAUGGGUCCAUUAUCGAAGAGUGGUGCUGCGAUAAAAAUUGGAUUCCUGUCGAGUGCAAUUCCGGCGAUAUCCUUAUUUUUGGCUCGUACUUGGCGCACAAGUCGGGCGCAAAUGAGUCUGAUGUUAGCCGCGCUAACCUGUACAUGACGUACAAUCCGCUGUCUGAGGGCGACAAGCGCGAGGAGUACUACGCUGACAAGCGCGUCAAGUUCCCGCCGCUGAGCGAAAGACUGCCUGGCAAGGACUACGCCGAGGGCGCCAGGAUCUACAAUUUUGCAAACCCUAUUCUCUAAGCGAGACAAGCCUUUUCGCAAGCAGCAUAAAUAACCAAUUUGAGUUUUUUAGUUUAAUUUUUUUAUGUAUUAGCAAUACCAAUGCACGGUUACCGACUGUGGUGA